CAAAAUAUAUUCCUAUGUCCUCUCUAAAGUCGAACUUAAAGGAUAAGCUAACAGACGUUUGAAGAUGCCAUCAAUCUUUCUGUCAGGAAUUGGCCUACGAUGUAACGGAGUACUCCUCUCUGGUGUGUCAAAAGGAUUUAGAUCACGUUAACAAUGGAUGCUGACAGAGUCCUUCAGAGCCUUGGAAAUUAUGGUCGUUUCCAGAUCUUAGUGUUUCUUUGUCUGUCCUUUAUCUACAUGAGAGGAGCAUGGCCUGUCCUGGGAAGUAUAUUUCUGGGAGGGGUACCAGAUUAUUCUUGCAAAGAGGUUGCUGAUAAAAAUAAAACUGUUAUAUAUGGAACUUGUGAUGUCACUAUCAGUACUGAUGGACAGAAUACAACUGAAUCUUGUCCAAAUGGUUGGAAGUAUGGUGAUGAGUUUGAAGAAACCAUAGUGACAGAGUGGAAUCUUGUAUGUGAUAGAGAUUAUUUAAACGAGUUGUCCACAACAAUUUACAUGGUAGGGAAUACUAUUGGGGCUACCUUCCUGACUCCACUAUCAGACAGAUUUGGAAGAAAGAAAACAAUUUUGACACUUCUGUUGAUACAAGCUGUCAUUGGUUUCUGUGCAGCUUUUGCUAAUACGUAUAUUUUGUUUACGGUCCUUCGAUUCUUUGUUGGAAUGUUAAACAUGCCUAUAGCAUUAGCGACAUAUGUAAUGGUGACAGAAUUUUUCCCUUCUAAUUUCCGUUCAUAUCCAUCAGUUGCUGUUAAUUGUUCCUGGAGCAUAGGAAUUAUGUUGUUGGCAACAUUUGGAUAUUUUUUGAGAGAUUGGCAGACAUUACAGCUAGUCAUUACCAUACCUAAUCUGUUAACUUUAUUUUUUUAUUGGUUUAUUCCAGAAUCUCUUCCAUGGCUUAUUGCCAAGAAAAGAUACAAUGAAGCAAAGAAAGUGACCAAAUGGGCAAGUAAAAUCAACGGUAUCCCUUUCCCUAAUCAUCUGUUCCAGGAAGCUGAGAAAGAAAGUGAAGACUCAUCAGAAAAAGUGGCCCAUAGGAGUGAGGUCCUAGUAGAAUCUGAUCAUAAACAAGCUUAUACAUUCCUAGAUCUGUUUAGAACUCCUGUCAUUAGAAGAUAUACAAUUAUUACGUUUUAUUUGUGGUUUGCUAAUAGUAUCUGCUAUUUUGGUAUAUUAUUUGCCACACCUACUUUACAUGGGAACCAGUUUCUCAACCUUGGAAUAAGUGGUGCUGUAGAGAUACCAGCACAAAUAAUUUGUGUCAUAGCCAUUAAUUUAUUGGGCAGACGAAAACCACUUAUAUUUUUCAUGUUCUUGUGUGGUAUUAUGAGCAUAGUUACAAUAUUUGUUCCAGAAACAACAGAUGAUGGUACUGAUCUAAAGCCACUAAUUAUUACAUUAGCCAUGAUAGGAAAGUUUGGUAUUACUGGCUCCUAUUCAGUUACAUAUCUGUAUGGUAGCGAGAUCUUCCCAACAGUAAUCAGAAAUCAUGCAGUUGGUAUAGCUUCACUGUUUGAGAAUGUUGGUGGAAUAGUGGCUCCAUUUAUAGUUUAUGGGGCAACAUCUUUAAAAGAGCUGCCAUUGGUAGUAUUUGGUGUGUUGACCAUUGUUGGUGGAGUUUUAAUUUUCUUCUUGCCAGAAACACACAGGCGACCUCUACCUGAAACUAUAGAGGAAGUUGAAAAAAUGACAAAAGAAGUUGUAUCUGACAGAACAAUAUAUCAGCAGGUCGAAAGUUCACAGUUGUCGGAAAUAAGAGAACAGAACCCAAGAUUGUAAUUGUUAUUUACCAAACUAAGAGGAAUCUGUUCAUUAGAGUAAUGAUUUAUUUGGUUAUUUGUGGGCUGUAGACAACCUAAGUUUGUGUUGUUGUUUGAAAUUGGGUCUUGACUCUUCAAACAUACACAACACUGGUGUUAUUACAUAGUGCUGGUAUCGUUAUAUUGCCACUUGAGUUUCCAGUCUUGUUAACUCACACUAGUGUUGCUCAAAUACUGUAAUUAUUUGAAGUUGUGAGUUUUCCAUAAUGAUUCGUGGUCAAACUUUUUCAUUCAAUUGACAACUAAAAAUGUUAUAGAAAGAAAUUUAUUUGAAAUAGCUUGCAUGUGUUCCGUUGGCAUUGAAACAGAUUUUAAUUAACCCCUACAUUUUAACAAAAAUAAUUUGUUUUCAUCAGAGUGAUUAUUUUUUCUUGAUGAAUGAUAAAUAGGAUUAGAAAAUAUAAAUUAAUUAAACAUACAUCAACUAUAUUUGAAUUUAUCUUGCCAUUGCUUAGCAUUGUGUUUAUUGCAUUUACUAUAGUCUCUUAUUAUUGUGCAUGUGUCACUUGCAUAGCAGAGUUGACACAAUGCAUCACUAUCUGUAACCUUGUUAAUUGCCUGCUCCUCUCACACCAAUUGACAAAAACCAACCAAAUAAGAACAGACUUUUAAACAGGAAGUUAAUUUAUGCACCAAUUUAUUUUAAUUAUUUAUCGCAUUGAUUUCUGUAAACUUCCAUCAGCCAAAGAUGUCAAUGUUUUUACUGUGACUUGACUAUGGGUGUUACUGUUUACCUGUACCUACUGUUCAACCAGAUUGUAAUAUUGACAAUACAAUUGGGACAUUUAAAUUGACCAGUUGGUUUUGUUAGAUUUAAAUCUGCCUUGAUGCUACCUGUAAAGAUUUUUAUUCACCUAACCAAAACUUUCAGCAUGCUUUUUCCUGAAGUCUUUCUUAACCUAGGAUUAUUCUUUAAAACAAAUUGAAAGGGAAGAAAAUAUUUUUGAUCACUCAUGUACUUUAAUUUAGAGUCUACCUGGAUGCUGUCCUAUCACUUCACCUGUUUAAUUGUUACUGUUGUAGUAUAAAUGAGUUAGGUUUUUCAAAAUUUAUAAAUAUGGCAUCAAGGCUGCAAUUUUUAUCUUUGUUGAAUAACAUAAUAUGCAUUCAGUCUAAAUUAGUUUAUAUGGUAUGAAUAAUGCUAGAAUAUGACCACUUAUAUAUGAUAACUAGACGCAAACUUAUUUCAUGUUCUUAUAUUUACUAAAAACUGCGGAUUUAAUAAAAAAAAUCCUUUUCUCAUGUUUUUUAUUAGAGAAUCCAAAAACAGGUAAAGAAAUAAACAUUGUUAUUAGUCUUUUUGUUAUUGAAAUGGAUGUUGUUCCUGAAAUAAUUGGUCAUACAAAUGCCAAAAAAACACAACAUUUAGAAGGAAAAACAGAUUUUUAUUUUACUGUCAUUUAAAAUUUUAGAAGUAAGCAAGCCAGAUCAAGACCUUGAUUUUCUUGCAGGGAAUUUAAUUGCAUGUCGUAUAAUUCACUACAUUUCCUCUUAAUGUUUUCAUAGCCAAAUACUAUGAGUGCUUGGAUUUCUUGUAUAUUGUUGAAAAAAAAACCUUUUUAAUAUCUCUUUGGUUUUUUCUAAUGGGAAAUAACUCAAAAUAGUUUGUUUUUGCUUCUCUGUAAAUCUGAACUACUUGACUUAUUUCCAGGAUUAAUAAACACCAGAACAACAGUGUGCAUUCCUUCCUUUAGACAUUUGUUUUUACACUUAUUGACAUGUUCCUAGUACAAAUUGUUUAUGCAUAUUCAUAUUGAAAUAUCAAAAUCAUAUUUGAAUGAACUAUUUUAUUUACUCUAAUAUUGACACUGAUAUUUUACAUCUCAUCCAGUAUUCCAUUUUCUUUAUCUGAAAUAAUUUAUAACAUUUUCCUAAUUUUAUGAAAGUUUUUGAAUAUUUGUUUACGUUUUUCACUAUAUAACUAUAUUUUCUCUCUAUAUCCAUAUUCUGUUUAAUUUCCCAUGAUAUAUAUCCCCAAAAUCAGGUACAGAAUUUUGCAAUAUUUGAUAAUUUCCAUUAUCAUAUUUAAAAUGAUUAUUCUCACUUCACAAAUAUUUUGGAUAAGUUUAUUCAUAUAUUUUCACUAUAUCACUUGAUUUUACUAUAUCCACAGUAUUGAGUUUUUAUUUCAUUUACCAAAGUAUAUGUUCCAAUUAAACAAUAUUAGAUCCAGAAUUUAUAAUGAUUAUUUCCAAUUUCACAUUCACGUUAUCCAAACGUUAGGAAUAUUUUGGAAUAUUUUACUUUUUCUUUUCACUUUAUCACUACAUUAGACUAUAUCCACUAUAUGAAUUUAACAUUUUGUUUCAUUUCCAUGAUAUAUAUCCCAUUUAAACAGGUGAAUCACUCUUAUAAUAUAUCCCAAAAUUUAUAAUGAAUGUUUUCAAAAUUGCAUUUAAAGCCACAGACACAUGUUGAAAUUAUUUCUCCUUCUUGCAUUCAAGUUUUGACUUUUUAUAACCUUUUAGAUAACUUAAUCCAUAUUAUGCAAAUUGAAUUUCCUUGAGUGAACACAGUAUGUUUUGCACAAAAGUCCUCUUAUAAUAGAUUUCAAAGAAAAAUACUGCAAGGUAUACUCCAAUAUCAUUAUGAAUUUUACAUGUACAUCAUCAUUUUAAAGCCACACAACACAUUUUGAAUGAAUUAAUUCCUUCUUGAUACCUUCAUGACAAUCCAUUCUUCGAAAAAACAAGUCACAUUUUAUGAAGCAAAAUUACUAUAAAAAGGCAUCUGAGAAGUGAAUUUAAAUAAAAUGAAUCCAAUAUGUCAUGCACAUUGAUUCCAAUAGAUUUCAAAUAUUUCAAAUAUCAUAAUCCAAAAUGAAAAUCUUGAAGGGACAUUAUAAAGAAAUGCACAACAUAUAAUCCAUCUGAAAAUUGAAACUUAAAACACCUAGAUAGCUCUUUCUUGUUUCACUGACAACUGGACAAUACUAUGUAUGAGGGUUAAAAAUUUAAAGAAUAAUUUAUUAUGUAAAAACAGUUUUAAUUUUCAUACAUAUUAAUAUGCAAUUGAUAAAAUAUUUUACUGAUUAAGAUUUUUUGGUAAAUUUUAGAAAUAUUAUCAAUACUGGGGAUUUAAAACAAUGAAAACCAAAAAUAUUUCUACCCUUUCAAUUUUUUGAAAGAAUAAUCCUAGGUCAAGAAAAACUUCAUGAAAAAAGCAUGCUGAAAUUUUGGGUUAGGUGAAUAAAAAACUGUACAGGUAGCAUCAAGGUAGAUUUAAAUCUAACAAUACCAACUGGUCAAUUUAAAUGUCCCUAUUGUAUUGUCAAUGUUUCAAUCUGGUUGAACAAUAGGUACAGGUAAAUAGUAACACCCAUAGUCAAGUCACAGUAAAAAGAGAACAACUCGGUCUAAAGUGCCUGAGAAAAAAAAAAAGCGAAAUUGCAAAGAUUCCUCACAGAGGUCAAAUUGUGCUCAUCCUAUUUUGAUUUUGAUCAGUUUAUUAAGUCAAUGAAAAACAAGGAGCAGACCUCACAGUCUUCCAUUAAAUCUCAAGUAAAUGAUCAUAUAUAAAAAUAAGGAGAUGAGGUAUGAUUGCCAAUGAGACAAUUAUCCACCAAAGUUCAAAUAAAGUGGAUGUUAGCAAUUAUAGGCAACCGUACGGCCUUCAACAGUGAGAAAACCGAUACCGUAUAGUCGGCUAGAAAAGGCCCCGACACGAAAAAUACGAAACAAUUCUAUUGAGAAAACUAACGGCCUAAUUUAUAACAAAACGAUUAACGAAAAACAAAUAUGACAGACAUGAUCCAACGAAAACCACUGAACUACAGGCUCCUGACUUGGGACAGGCACAUAAAGAAUGUGGCGGGGUUAAACAUGUUUUUGAGCGCUCAACCCUCCCCUAACCUCGGACAGUGGUGUCACAGCACAACAUAAGAACAAACUAUAAAAAUCAGUUGAAAAAGGCUUAACUCAUCAGAUCGAUACUAAGCAGAAAAACAUCAAACAUAAAUACAGACCAAACGGGGCAGGGUAUGUAUCCAUCCUUAAUCCCUAUCAACAAAAAGCACACUAAGUACAGAUCUGAGAGUACUCUCAGUUACUGACAGCUAGUUGAAAGCCAAUAACAACUAAUAAAAAAAAAUUUUGUAUCUAAGACUAAAGCAUAAAUCACUACACAUCCAACAUCCAAUGGAUUUAGUGUAAAGACGUCGUUAACAGUCAUAGAAAAACAUGACUUUGUGCAAUGCCAAAAUGUUGUUAUAUUUUCUAUGAGUUGACAGAUUGUAGUACCGUUAAAGUGCAUAUGUGUAUACCAAAACAAUUUAUGUUAUUAUUUUUCUAAAAUGUAAAAAAAACUGAGAAAUGAUUUAUGACUAUCAGUGUGAGCUUGGUAUAUUUUAUAGUAGACAUCUGUCUAUUGUCGAUGCGUGUUGGUUGGCCUAAAGUUGUUUUUGUUUCUUUUUAUUUUGUUGGGUUCAUUUCCUAUUUAUGUAUACCGGACAUCUCCUUUUAUUCAUAUCAUGACACAACAAGAUAUAUAGAAAGUUGUUGUUAUAUUUUCUAUGAGUCUAUUAUCAUAUUUAUUAGUGCAGCUUUUGUUUCCAAUAGAGUAAAAUAGUAGGCUUUUUAAGUUGACCUUGAAGUAACUGGUGUCUAUCAUUAGAUAUAUAAAUUUGAAAAAGAUCUGGUUGGUUACUUUGCAGCAGACGUAGACGAAAUCAAAUUUAUUUAUAGAGAUGGUCAUUUACAGCCAUUAUAGUUUCUAUGACUAUUUUUAAAGAACAGAAUUGAAAUCCUAUUUGGUGUUGAUACCAUUUUGACAAAUAGGAGAAAAGGAAUAAACCUCAGUUUUGUAUUUUUUCUUCAGAAAAUCUGUAGUAUGUUGCGACAAAUAUUAUAAUAUGGUUUUGUGAUUGUCCUUUUGAAUUUGCUUGUAAUGAUGCAUACCUUCCAACCCAAACUUCGACCAUUGUAAAUCAAAAUUUGUUGAAAAAAAGGUUUUUGAAUUAGUAGUUUAGAAUUCAAAGUUGAGGUUUUUCACUUAUUUAAUAAAAAAAAGUCAUCUUUUUAGAAAUUUUUAUAUAAAGUGUUUUAUUAUGUGUUGCAUAGAAAAUGCUCAUGAUAAGAAGUUUAUUGGAAGGGAAAUAAGACUGCCUUAAAAAUAUAAAGAUUUUAAAGAUCAGUUAUUUUCGUAACCAAUAAGUAUCAUUAGAUGAAGAUGUUUAAAAGACUAAUUCGUUAGCACCCACAAAUUUAAGAAUCAAUGCAGCAUAAAAUAGUUCUACAUUUUGCUUCUUGAUGAAUAGUAUAAGCCCAUUAGAGCCUCUCAUCAUUUUUAUAUUAAUGUCGGUAAAAAAAAAAGGUUACACAUACACAGUCAGUGUAUUGUAGUGGGGCAAGGGUAUGCCUGAAUGAUUUUGAUAUAAGCAGUUCAUAUCUCCUUUAUAAAUCCUAAGUGGAUCUUCACAAGUGUGUAUAAUGGUGUUAUACCUCUAGAUUUGCAUUAUGUGUUUGCACUUAUGAAUUUCAUGAUGAAAACUGUUAAAAUUUAUUUUGUUUGUUUAAUAACAGAAUUUUUGUUUUGCUUCUAGUUAAUGUUAAAUUGCUCAGCAUUUAUUAUAACUGCUUUUAUUAUGCAUUUUUUGAUGAAUUCGUUUUUGUUUAAUUUCUAAUUUUGUUAUAAGAAUGGUGUUAUAAGUUUUUGUUUAAACAAAAAUAUAUUUUUCUUCAUUUGUACAGAACUUUAAAAAGAUAUCAAUCCAACAAUCUAAAACUGAUAUUAGCUUUAACUUGAUUUUGAUGUACACUUACUAAUAAUUAUACAUGUUGAGCGCUAAUGUCCUAUGAAAAUAUAAAACCCAUUAAAGAAGCAAAAUCGUAUUUCAAAACACCAUUUGCAGUUUUAAGCAAAAGAAAAGUUCAAACAUUUUUUUUUCUUUUUGAUCUUCCUUUUGACACUGUUCUUGAGGAUGUGGGCAUUAAUAAGAAAAAUUAUCUGAAGCCAUUGAGAUACCCUAUAAAAAUAAGGAGAUGUGGUAUGAUUGUCUUGUUUAUUAAAAAAUUUUUUGUCUUUAAAAUUAAUCAAAAAGAAAUGCUGCAAUGGUGAUUUUUAAUGAAAGAAAUAUGUAGGUUGACAUAGAAGUUCUUAUUUAGAAUAAUCUGUAUAAGACUACAAGUACUAAAUUUGUUUGUAUAGUUGUGUGUAUGGAGUACACAAUAGAGUGUAUAACUGUUUACUUCAUUAUAUGUGAUCAUGGUCUUAGAAUAAAGUCAACAUUGCAUAUAAUGCAAUUACUGUCUUUUGAUGAGGCAAAUACCCCCGUAUUUAGUCUUGUAUAUAACGCAGCUUUGUAUAAUAUGCACCCCCUUUUCGUCCCCUCAAAAUCGUGAAAAAAAGUCUAGUCAAAAAAUUUUUUUUUUUUUAAGUAAAAAAAAUAGAAAAAAAACAGUUUAGUUCACUGUAAAAAGCCUUUGAUAGGAAACUGUUGAACCAUUAUUUAAUCUUCAUUUAAGUCUAUUGAAAGAUAAUAAUAUAAUAUGUAAGAUUGUUUGCUCAAUCAAAUGUUUUUUUGUAAUAAUUUUUGUUUAAUUUGAUAAUUAAAAGUCAUAAACAAUAAAAUGGUAGAGCUUUUAUCAUGUAAUUAACAUUUUAUUAAUUUAAUAAUUAAAGAUCCCUUUUGAAAUCAAUGUUUGUCUUAUCUUGUCGAAGCUGAUGCAUUGUUCAAAUAUUAUAAAAGAAAUAAUUGGAAUGUUAUGGAACAAAAGAAAUUAGAGCUCAAACAUUUAUCUAAAUUGAUUAGCAGUAAUUAAAAUUUUAUAAUUCUUUAAUUCUAUAUUUUCUUUUCAUUGAUCAUGUUGGUUUGGAGCACUCCCUGAGGUAACUACAUUGAACACCUGUCAAAAGUUGACAUGAAUAUUCAAUUGCGACACACCCACACUUAAUCCUUAAUUACCAUUUCAGCUCACUCAUGCAGGAUGUCACACCUGUUCUUUGAAUAUUUAAUAAUGAAGGAAAAAAAACGUUAUGAAAAAAAUACAAAUAAAUAGAUAAAAUGAAAAAUGACUUGAAUAUAUAUAUAUAAUAAUGACAAAAAACGAAAUAAUAAAAAAAAAAAACAAAUAACAAAAAAAAAAAAAAAAAAAAAACAAAUAACAAAAAACAAAAACCGUCUACAGUUGUGUAUAAUACACAUCCCAUCUACCAACUACAUUUUUGGGAUAAAAAAGUACAUAUUAUACUCAACUAAAUACGGUAUGUGGUUUUGUUGACUUUUGAAAAAAAUGAUAUUCGCUGAGGCCAAUUGGCCGAAGUGAAUAUCAGUUUUUCAAAAGUCUCAAAAACAGUUUAAAAUAUGAUUUUUGCUCUCACAAUAUGAAUUUUUUUCAAAAAAAAUGAUGUCAGCAAAAAAAGAAGAUGUCACUCUAAAAGAGCAAGUUUGUAGCACCCACAAAUUUAAGAAUCAAUGCUUCAUAAAAUAGUUGUACAUUUUGCUUCUUGAUGAAUAGUAUUAGCCCAUCAGAAAAUUCAUUAUUUUUAUGAUAUUAAUGUCGGUAAAAAAAGUGUGUUACACAUACACAGUCAGUGCAUUGUAAUGGGGCCAGGGAAUGACUGAAAGGUUUUGAUAUAAGCAGUUCAUAUCUCCUUUAUAAAUCCUAAGUGGGUCUUCACAAGUAUGUAUAAUGUUGUUAUUCCUCUUGAUCUGCAUUAUGUGUUUGCACUUAUGAAUUUCAUGAUGAAAUUUGUUAAAAUUUAUUUUGUUUGUUUAAUAACAGAAUUUUGUUUUGCUUCUAGUUAAUGUUUAAUUGCUCAGCAUUUUUUAUAACUGCUUUUAUUAUGCAUUUUUUGAUGAAUUCGUUUUUGUUUAAUGUCUGAUUUUUUUUAUAAGAAUGGUGUUAUAAGUUUUUGUUUAAACAAAAAUAUAUUUUUCUUCAUUUGUACAGAACUUUAUAAUGAUAUCAAUCGAACAAUCCGAACAAUCUAAAAAUGAUAUUAGUAUUAACUUGCUUUUUGGUGUACACUUACAAAAAAAUGUACAUGUUGAGCGCUGAUGUCUUAUGAAAAUAUGAAACCCAUUAUAGAAGCAAAAUCGUAUUUCAAAACACCAUUUGCAGUUUUAAGCAAAAGAAAAUGUUCAUUUUUGUUCUUCCUUUUGACACUGUUCUUGAGGAUGUGGGCAUUAAUAAGAAAAAUCAUCUGAAGCCAUUAAGUUACCCUAUAAAAAUAAGGAGAUGUGGUAUGAUUGUCUUGUUUAUUAAAACAUGUUUUGUCUUUAAAAUUAAUAGAAGAAAAAAUGCAAUGGUGAUUCUUAAUGGAAGAAAUGUGUAGGUUGACAUAGAAGUUCUUAUUUUAGAAUCAUCUGUAUAAGACUACAAGUACUUAAUUGUUUGUAUAGUUGUAUGUAAGGAGUAUACAAUAGAGUGUAUAACUGUUUACUUCAUUAUAUGUGUUCAUGGUCUUAGAAUAAAGUCAACAUUGCAUAUAAUGCAAUUGCUGUCUUUUGAUGAGGUUAAUAUGUGCUUUUGUUGACUUUUGAAAAAACUGAUAUUCACUGAGGACAAUUGGCCGCAGUAAAUAUCAGUUAUUCAAAAGUUUCAAAUAUGAUGUUUUGCUCUCAAAAUUUAAAUUUUGUUCUUAACAAAUGUUGUCAGCAAAAAAAAAAAAGAUGUCACUCUACAAGAGCAAGUUUGUAGCACCCACAAAUUGAAGAAUCAAUGCUUCAUAAAAUAGUUGUACAUUUUUUUACUUGAUGAAUAGUAUUAACCCAUCAGAGCCUCUCAUUAUUUUUAUGAUAUUAAUGUCGGUAAAAAAAGUGUGUUGCACAUACACAGUCAGUGCAUUGUAAUGUGGCCAGGGAAUGCCUGAAAGGUUUUGAUAUAAGCAGUUCAUAUCUCCUUUAUAAAUCCUAAGUGGAUCUUCACAAGUAUGUAAAAUUGUGUUAUACAUCUUGAUCUGCAUGAUGUGUUUGCACUUAUGGAUUUUAUGAUGAAAACUGUUAAAAUUUAUUUUGUUUGCUUAAUAACAGAAUUUUUGUUUUGCUUCUAGUUAAUGUUUAAUUGCUCAGCAUUUUUUAUAACUGCUUUUAUUAUGCAUUUUAUGAUGAACUCGUUUUUGUUUAAUGUCUGAUCUUUUUUUUAAAGAAUGGUGUUAUUUUUUUUGUUUAAACAAAGAUAUAUAAUUCUUCAUUUGUACAGAACUUUAAAAAGAUAUCAAUCCAACAAUCUAAAACUGACAUUAGCUUCAACUUGCUUUUUGGUGUACACUACUGAAAAUUAUACAUGUUGAGCGCUAAUGUCUUAUGAAAAUACAAAACAAAUUAAAGAAGUAAAAUCGUAUUUCAAAACACCAUUUGCAGUUUUAAACAAAAGAAAAGUUCAAACAAAUGUUCAUUUUUGUUCUUCCUUUUGACACUGUUCUUGAGGAUGUGGGCAUUAAUAAGAAAAAAUUAUCUGAAGCCAUUAAGACACCUAUAAAAAUAAGGAGAUGUGGUAUGAUUAUCUUAUUUUUUUAAACUUUUUUGUCUUUAAUAUCAAUAAAAAAGAAAAAAAUGCAAUGGUGAUUCUUAAUAGAAGAAAUAUUUAGGCUGACAUAGAAUUUUCUCAUGUUAGAAUAAUCUGUAUAAGACUACAAGUACUUAAUUUUUUGUAUAGUUGUGUGUAGGGAGUAUACAAUAAAGUGUAUACUUGUAUGUAGGGAGUAUAAAAUAGAGUGUAUACUUGUGUGUAGGGUGUAUACAAUAGAGUGUAUAACUGUUUACUCCAUUAUAUGCGUUCAUGGUCUUAGAAUAAAGUCAACAUUGCAUAUAAUGCAAUUACUGUCUUUUGAUGAGGUUAAUAUGUGUUUCUGUUGACUUUUGAAAAAAACUGAUAUUCACUGAGGCCAAUUGGCCGAAGUAAAUAUCAGUUUUUCAAAAGUCUCCAAAAACAGUUUCAAAUAUGAUUUUUUGCUCUCAAAAUGUAAAUUUUGUUCUAAACAAAUGAUUUCAGCAGAAAAAACAAAGAUGUCAAUCUGGAAGAGCAAGCUUAAAAGAAUGAAAUGUCUUCAACAUUUUAAAGCAACAGCUUUCACUUGAGUAACGACAACAUCCAUGUUUGUUCUUCUGUUUAGCCAUAUGUAUAUGUAUGCAAUUUCUAAACUUAAUUGCAACUAAAGAAUACUUUUUCAUCAAAAAUCACUGUUUGUGGUAAAUAGUUCUUAAAUUUGAUGUUACCAACAUUUGAUACAUUUGUAUGUCAUUCAAAUUACAUAUGCAUUUAUAAAAAAGUUGACAUAGUCACACAUAGGUUACAAUGAUAUGACCAUAAUUUUUGCUGUCAUUAAAGAGUGGUCUCUUUUUGCUAAUAAAAGUUUUGGGAGUU